AUGCGAUGCGCGAGCAAGGCCGCCGAGAGCGCGUCUGCACGUCUCUGUGCGGACGCCGAAGCAGAAACUACAGCAACUGAUAUCCCAUCGGUUGCUGAAUCGACUCAGCCUGUAUCACCUGGUGAUGCAGGCGCUGGUCAUGAAGACACUCGUGUCUUCACAGAGUACGAGCUCGGUGUCUCGUACUCUCCUGAUACGGAUGACGGAUCCGUAUCGACGGCAAUUGAAUCCAAGCCGCCUGCCAAGCGUGGCAUGGACGAUGCUUUGCGUCGCAGCAUCGUUGGUUCAUCUGAUGAGUCAGAUGAACCAUCGCCGAAGCGAAGGCGCUCGAGGUCGCGAGACUCGGGCGCUAAUAGUGGUGUCGUUUCUCCAAUGGACACCACUUCACAGCGAGGUGCCAGUACUUCUGUCGGCACGUCGCAGGAAGAGCGGGACCGCAAUGUGUUGCGUCUCGCUCCAGAAAAGAAGGCAUGGAUGCCUCCUAAAUCUGUCAUGGAUCACUUGUCGGCGACGACGAGUGAUCGUUAUCGAACACGAUUGUUCGAUUCGUCAAGGAUUCAUCACUUGACCCCAGCGCGAAAGACUAUCGCGCUGAACAUGAGUUCUUCAUCGAUGCUUUCUUCAGACAUCGAUGGUACAGUGGGAAUCACAAACGUGAUGGUCCCUCACUACUUCAGGCGUGGAACGCCUACAUCCAUAAUCUCGAGGAUGUAG